GCUCCUGAAAUUUGACUAACAAGUCACUACCUGCUUUUCCCUGUAACCCUCAGUUACGUGAUACCUCUGACAAAACACUCCUGCAAAUGUCGUGCGACGAAGGCUUUUUCUUGGAUCUUUGUGGGAGCAACAUGACAACUAAAAACAGGCUUGGUGGCAUUGUAGUCACAGUAGAAAUCAUCUGUCCCAGAUACUUAGAACAAAGCUGCCCGCAACGCCCUGACAGGUGUCGUUUUCCAGGAUUUUAACUAACGACAUUAAUAAUCGCCGUCAUCGUCAUCCCUGUUCUCUUGCCAACAGGAUUCCACGCUGCUGAGAGGGUGUGGGAGUGUGAUGACGAUGGAUGACAACCACAACCCUGACAAACUGUCAGCAAAACCACAUGAGAAAGUCAGCUGGCUGCUACCCCUCUGUCGUUUCUCUGUGGAAAGAAUAGAAGUCUAGGCAGACAGCAUUUGUACAAUGGUUGUAGCAGAUAGAAGUGUGCGGUCAGUCUGUAUUAAUGAUCCCCACAUCCUGCCUAUUAGCAAAGCAGGCUUGUUUACCCAAGGGAGAAGUCAUCUGAUCCUCAGAUACAGUAUUUGCAAAUUUACAAAAGUGGCUCCUGGAAGACAAAUUAGACACACAUUAAUUAAGAUUAAAAUGAGUUUAUCCUAACAGUGAAACCCUAUAUCACGACAGAUUCAGAUCUAACUGUACCAUUCACACUUAGGCUAUGGAUAAAAAAACUGCAUUUUUGUAAACUGAUCAUACUUUAAAGUAUACAGUAGGCUUUUCUUUUUGUAAUGUGAGCAAAUCAUUGAAGUGAGACUAUUUAACCUUUGAAAGAAGUAAAUAUAUUCUUCCUAUAUUCUUUCCUAUCAAAAGUUAAAUUGGUCUAGUAAGACCAGUAGCAUAUGGUGGCUAAUGUUAGCAAACUUAAGAUGAAUGUUGCUGUGACAAUACUAGUUAGUUUACUGACUUCACGACUCAUUUCUCUACUAAUGCCCAUGCGUUAACACCAGUAUUUAAAAAGCUGAAAUCUUUGUGGCAGUAAAUCCACACAAAUCUUUUUUUACGAGUUAAACUUUGGUGAACCACAAAUUUGCACUGUUGACCAAUCGCAAGCCGUCUUGCCAGUGACCUUUGAGAUAGGAUAGAGCCGGAGGGUCCAAAAUGGAGGAAGCUUUUAUAAAUUAUUAUUAUUUCUACACCAACCGCACUUCAUUCAACACCCCAAGACACCAUCACUGUUAUGGGUUACGAUCUAAGGACCCAAAAGCGGAACACAGCGAGGUGGAGAGUCGAAUAGUUGGUUUUAACAGUUUUUAUUUGUACACCAGUAUAGGUCGCUGAGCGCUCUUCCAGAGCGGGCGGAACAGGUGUAGUUCGCUGGGGACAGGUGCGCAGUCUACUGACACAGUCUGUGGAGCACCGGCUGGGUUCCAAGGGGCGUAGGCGCUGAGCAGGGCUUCUGGAUAUGGCUUGGGUAGCGUGGCUGGUAGAGCAGGGAAGCGGCGUUGCAGAGAUCAGGGAACACUCGGUGGGGAGUGACUCUGUGGCAGAGACAGACAGGGUUACACGAGAUAUAACAAUAACGCGUAACAAACUUAAACUUAACUGAGUCGAGAAGAGAGCCGUGGCGAAAGGUGUCGUACGGAGACGAUCUGGCGCUGGUUGUGAGGUAGAGCCAGGUAGAUAUACUAUGGAGACCGAUUGGAUGAUGAACUUCAGGUGUGCCGGUGAUGCGCAGCAGGAGGGAAAACCAGGGAACCCCGCCCAGGCCGGUACACACACACACACACACACACACACACACACACAGUGACAAACAGAGGACUGACAAGGAACACCAGGAGAAGAGAGCACACUAGAGUACACAAGGAUAGGGAAAGCAAUGUGGCUAACUAUGACAAUCACUGCAUAUCUGUCACACCGCACCUUUACUGCACUUUUGCUGCUGAUGUUUUUUGCACCCUCAGAAGUUGUAUUUUAUCGUUUUAUCGCUUAUAGUUUAUUUUCUUAUCUCAUUCCUGUCUUAUUUAUUCUUUGUAAAUAUGUGUGAAGUCUUAAACACAAACGCACCAUUUGAGGUUGAUGCAACUGCAAAUUCGUUGUGCUUGCACAAUGACAAUAAAGUUAUUGAACUUGAAAUUAUUAACUGUGUUGCACCAUCCACUUUUAUUUAACCUCCUCUGCUGGAUUAUAAACUAUUAAUGAGACAGGAGUCAAUGUCACAAAUAUGUCUCUUUAAUAAACUGCCUGAACUUAUUGUGAUGAUAGAGACUUACCUAGCUAGCUUUCUUACUGAUGGUUAUCAAGGUUGGUGGCUUGGAGAACUAUUCUGACUCAGCUUGCUAAAAUGUCAGCAGUUAGCUCGUCAGCUGAUUCAACAAACUAGCCCUGCUAGUCCAUUACGUCACUAAGCUUCUAGCACCACCUUUUUCACAAAGAUGCACAGAUAGACUUUGCUAUGACAUUUUCUGGUGUGACCAGACCAUUAAGCUGCAUUUAGCAUGUGAUUUCCACUUGCAGCCACAGUGGCCACUGUUCAGCAAGUUACAUAGUCUCAUGUAAGCAGUAUCAGAAAGCAUCAAUAACUUAAAGCUCCCCUCCAGACACAUUUUAAAGUAUGUAAAAAUACUCCGCUAUGAUUAAUAUUUUGUUUAACAUGGUCAUCCCACAUAAAAAGUAAAAAGAAACUGGAAGCACAUCUACUCUUUCUCCCUCAUUGAGAAAUUCUGGAUCUCUGAAUGCCCCGCCCACCACCGCUGCGUGUUAGGCUGACCGGUGUCGGUGAGAGCAUGGAUGUGGGUGAGAGACAUACAUCCAUGGUGAGAGAGCGGUGCGCGUCAAGAUUUGCUAGAGUUAGAGGAAACAUACCGUACAUGUUUGAGCCUCAGUCAGACCCAGAUGAGGAGUCUAUUGUGCACCAAAAUCGGCGACUAGCAGACUUAUCAGAAUGGUAAAUGUAGUUAGCAUCUUUUAUUUGUUUAUGUUGUUUGUUAGUUUGUAACUGGCAGUGGCUGACACAGUGUCAGUGGUUGUGAAACAUACAAUAAUAUCUGCUACGAUGUUACAGUGUGUUCACAUUGUUAUUACGUAACGUUAGUAGAUAGUGGAAGGAAGCUCCAGGGUCCGGUUACAUCCAAAAAACUGUACACUCUACCACGUUUGCUGGAUUGGCUUUUGAAUUUGUGACGUCCCAAAUCUAGCUUGAAUCUCAGAUUUUAGGGAAGUGUACAGACACUUCAGCAGAGGAAAUGAAAACACCUCUCUAGAGACAAACUUUGCACAGAUACAAGUCAGUAAAGUCAAGGUCUGACAUUUUAGGGGACAUAAACAUAAGAAAAACACAUUUUUGAGUGGAGGGGUACUUUAAAAUUUAGUUGUUGUUGUUGUAUGGUGUUAUUCUGUGCUUUAAAAAUGACCUGUCAAUCAGUUGGGGAACACCAAACACCGUUUGUUUACAUUUGGAUCACAAAGUACCCAAUGGAAUCUUUAUACCACACCCCUAACCUAACCAAACAUACAUCUUCUUAGCAUAACACCUUAAAUAUUUUCAAUACAAUAUUGAUGUCUGUGACAAUGCUAUACAGUCUGUCUGCUGGUUGUAGAAGAUAGCUAUGAAAAUAUAUUAAAAUUCCAGAAGCACUAAAGCCAUAAUGUGUCUCUGCCGAAAUGCAGGGCUGUAGUUGUGGUAUAUCAUUGUAUCCAAUGAUAUAAUGAAGCCACAUUAUGAUAUUUAGAAGAUGAAACCUUUGGCCCAGACAGACACAAACACUCUGUUAUUCUCUAAAACCAGCCAAUACUGUUGAGCAAUAUCUAACUCUGCACAAAGUGUGUAUUACAUGACUUCAGUGCAGUUUCCCAUUAAUUAUAGAACAUGGAACGGUAACCUCUUAUUAAAGCACCACUCAAAUCCACACAUACACUCACACACAGGUCCUGUCACUGCAUCUCCCUGAACAUUCCCUCCACAGCUUGUGUUGCUGCCUGUUUGAAAGCAGCUCAGUAAUCCUGGAUCAGAGAAUACAAAGGGCCCCAGAGUGCUGGUGAUGUAAGCACUGUGUCCAGUCAGUGCUUACCCCACUGCUCUCCCCUCUCCCACAUGCUGCCUCGGGGGUGUGGUGGGACAGAGAGGAACAUCCCCGUCGUGGCUGACCCUGAAGACUACAGACUGACACACAAACAGCGAUACUGGCAGGCUAAUGGCAGCCUGUCUGCUCGGUCUCAGGGGCCUGCUGCUGCUGAUGACCUGGGACACAGUGGGGAAGGAGAACGUGUUGACCAGCUCGCUGUAGAGGAAUGUGGCUAAGCUGUGGGGUGUGGUGGAUCGGCUCAGUGUGACCAGGUGAACAGACGGAGGGACUUUUGCUGCCUCGUUACUACACUUAGUGUGCUUUAUUCUGUGGAAGGCCACGUUGUCUCAGGUGAGUAUCGCUGGGUAAACAUUUACCUAGUAAACGCCUCUGGCACUGUGUGAUCUCAAAUGGGUGGCAGACUGUUGCUGUGAAAGUUGGAACUUCAUAACUCUGUGUAUGCAUUUUGCAAGCAACAUAGUCUUCAUGGACUUGCUGCAGGACUCCAGUCACAACAUGUGGGGUCUGAACACCCGCUUGAAGGGCUUCCUGGAGCAGGUGAACAGGCUGCAGGAGGCCAACCGGCGUCUGGAGGCUCAGAUAGCUGACUGGGGCGUCAGGAGCACCUCGCGCUCCCGGGACUGGUCCCAGCAGGAACAGACUGUCAAGGAGCUCCGUGCUCAGGUUGGUAAACUACUGAUGGAGAAUGCCCAGCUGGCAUUGCAGUCUGACAGCAUGAAGUCCAGAGCUGCUGCCAUCCAGGCCAGGUGUGAGACGGAGGAGAGGAACACCGUGCGUCUGGAGCAACAGGUCGCUCUCCUCAGGGAGUCAAAGAGGGAGGCAGAUCAGAGCAGCGUGACGCUGCAGGCAGACCUUCGGCGCUCCAUGACAGAGCUGCAGGAGAUGCAUCAGGAGUUUGAGGCAGCCCGGGCUCUACAGCUGCAGCGGGCCGACUCCUGCAAUGCUCUGUUAGAGACGGCCACAGCAGCAGCGAGAGGGGAGGAGGAUGGCACAGGGAUGGAGCUCACCCAGCUCCUCGACCGAAUCAGAGCGCAGUGUGAUCAGAACAGACUUCCCGGCCCGGGCGAGAGACACCUCAGCCUGGGUGCCGUGUCAUAUUCACUCCCUGGCUUGGUCGGGCCUAGCCGCUCUGGAGCAGCAGCAGCAGCAGCAUCCAGAACACCCAGAGGAGCUCUCAGUGAGGAGGAGGCAGCGUGGGCGCAGGUGAGCCUCGGCGGCGCUGCCCUGAGGGAGGCCCGGGCCGAGCUAGCUGAGGCCAGGAGGCAGUGGCACUCCCUGCAGGUGGAGAUUGAGACCCUACAUGCCUUGGAGAAAGGCCUGGAGAGCUCCCUGCAGAACACCCAGAGGCUGUACUCCAGCCAGCUGCAGGACCUUUCCCAGGUGAUCACGGGGCUGGAGAGCGAGCUGGAGCAGGUGAGGAGCGGGCUGGCCACCCAGCGCCAGCGCCACAGCCAGCUCCUCAACACCAAGAUGAGGCUGGAGCGAGAGAUUGCUACAUACCGACGUCUGCUGGAGCGUGAAGAGGGCAGGUACAUGGGUCGUAAUGGGCAGCCAAUGGGUUUGCAGCCCUGGAGGUCUUCCGUGGAGGAGCCAAAGGAGAACGGACUAGAGAAUGGCUUCAGUGACCCUGCUGUUACUCCGGACGAACCAAAGUCUGAGCCCCUUCCUGAAAUACCUUCACUCCUCCCAGCAGACAAUGGGCGAAAGAAAAGCAUACUGCAAAGGCAGCAAAGCCUUGUGAUACUCACAGAGCCAGAGCAAGAUAAAGAUUUGCCAAUCUCCACUGUGAAGACUCAGGAGAUUCUUCAGGGCAAUGUGGUGCGAGAGAGUGCAGAGGGUCAUGGCACCAUUGAGACAGAGAAGAUUGACAAGGUAAUAAAGCAGUGGGAGGGCUCUUUCUUCAGAGGGAAUCCCAAGCUACGCAAGAAGUCGGUGUCGCUGCGCUUCGACCUGCACAUGGCUGCAGCAGACGAGGGGUGUGCCCAGACUAAACAGGACUGCCUCCCUGACGUGGAGGUGUGUCUCAUCAUGAAGAGAUCUCGCAGCAUCCCAACUAUUACACAGUAACUCUGUCACUGGUUCAUUUGUGGUAACGCUGGUGAUGUCGAAGUUACAGAAAUAACAUCUGUGUCAUUGACAUCUGGGAUAUUACCAUCCACUACCAUCGUGCUUAAUAGGAAUUUCAAAUUACAGCAUUCAUUGAACUUUGCAUCACACCUGAUGACUGAAACAGAGAUUUCUCUCAUCAAAUCUUGACUCUGGCAGAAUAAGCAUUACAUGUGUGUUGAUCAAAUGGGGCCAUUUUUAUAGUACCAGAAAACCACAUCAAAUAUAUCAGACUUACAUUCAUUAUAAUACAGAGGAUAACAAUUUAAUGAAAACAUCUUUCUGUCAUCAUUCUAGAGGAAGAAAAAGUGUCUCUCAACACUGUCAUUAUUUCAGUAUGAGGUCACUGGACAAAAGAGAUUAUAUCGACCAUAUCAACUACAGCAUUUAAUUCAAAUUAACACCUGUUACAGGAGGCUGAGUGCACAGAUAGAUGGAGAUAAAAGGAGGUGUGGACAGAUCGAUAUGAGCUGCUGUGAACUAUCUAAGGGUGGAUUUAUUUUUUUUUUUCAUUAAGAGACUGUAUGAAAAUUAUUGGGGGGGUGGGUGUUCAGGGGGGGAAUAAUGUUUUUUUUUGUAAUUGAAUGUUAUCUCUCCAGUUAGCACUUAAUGUGUCACUAUCCAAUAGCAGCUCCCACCUUCACCUUAUUCUGCAUCUCAACAGAAAGCAGAGCAGUAAAAUAAAAUGUGUACAUUUUUUGGUCAAAAAAUAAAGUGACUAGAACAUAUAAUAGCUAACUCCACUUCUAUUGUGCGAGUUGAUGUGAAAAUUAUUAUUCCAUUAACACAUUAAGGGUUAAAUUGGAGCCCACCAUCUUAAAUUCUUUGUGCACUUUUAGUUAUCAUUAGCAAAAUGAAUUGUAACAAUUCGAUAGUUUUAUAUUACUUUAAGAUUUUGUAGGGAGGGUGUUGCAGUUUUUCUCUUAAUCAAGGGGAGGGUCCAAUGGAAAUAUUAAUAACGCUGGAGAUGCUUUUUUUUUAAAGUGAAACACAAUGUACAGCCCCCCCUUCCCACUCUAAUAAUUUUCGUACAGUUCCUAAAUGCUUGCACUGCAGACACAUACAGCACUUAGAUAAACAUCAGCACUGAGAGGUAUCCAGAGUGUGUGUACUUUGAGCGUCUUUUGUCACUGCAGUUCAUUCUCUAUGUGGAGAGAAAAAAAAUCUUGCAACUCAAACUGAUAAUGUAGCUACAUUUACGAUGCAUUAUCCCAAAAACAACUGCUCACUGUGAUCUUAACAGCAGUGGGGCUCUCAACCUUCACCACGCGUCUCAGAGAAUUUAGAUUCCCUGUCUAAACCAGAGGAGGGCAGUAUUUGUAAAUAGUUAACCCGGCAGUGUAUCUUCAAUGCUCAACUCGGGUUGUGUAGCACAUCUGUUACACCUUAGAAUAAGAGUUUUUAUGCUAAGUUUUGAGUUGGCGCCAAAGAUAUUCAAAACAAGAAAAGGGCCAUUGUGCAUUUGGGUGCCUCAGAAUAUGUUGAGAAUAUUUAAGAUAUUAUCUAUGCAGUUCUAUGCUUGAUUUUGCUUUGCUUCACGAAGCACACUCUUCAUUUUGGGAGCUCUGUAACUUCAGAAUGAAGCAUUAUGCUUUUAUCUAACAAUUUAUCAUUUAAAAAUAAAAAUAAAAAGAAAUA